AUGGACACCCGCAACGGAGGAGUUACGGGUGGUAUUCGUUUCAAGAAAAAGGUAACGAAUGUAUUAAAAACGGUGCCAAGAAAGCUGUUUGGAAAUGCGUACCUAAAUAUCCCUUACAUCAGCCGGGGUAAGAGCAAUGAGGCAGCAGGGCCUCAGCCUAGAGCAGAAGAAGGAAGUCAUUUGAUGAUUUUCCCCUCACAAGUGUGGGAGAGCCAUGCUUCGGCACGAAUGGGUAGGCUCGACCGGAGUGAUACCACGGCCUCACAGAAGACCGGCGUGAAACAACCACAGCGUUGUGUUUCGCCGUCUUACCAUUAUGAUGGUGAUGACUUCGAUAAUAUACGUUGGAUGGUCGGCGACAUAGCCGUUGUGAAGGUCGAAGAUAAUUUCAAUUUCGAGAGAAGAAUCCGUGGCUGCGACUUCAUACCAAAGAAGGUGUACUACAACAAUCAUUCUGCCGAAUUGGAGAAAGCAAGCCAAUUUGGUACUAUAGCAGGGUGGGGAACGACUGACCGUUUUGGAGAUUAUUAUAAUCAUCCACACCACAAGAACAAUGCACGAAUCACAGAAAAUUCACCGGUAUUACUGGAGACGGAUGUACGAUUGGUCUCCAAGAAGAAUUGCAAGCGACAUUGGGACCCUCGGUACCACUUCGUCAUAGACGAAGAUAUGAUCUGCACAACAGACAGCACUGAUUCUGAGUCCAUGAGCACUGUCUGUUCGAAUGAUCACGGAGGACCCCUAAUCGUUGGACAAGGCAAGAGUUCCGUGGUAAUUGGAGUUAUGUCUGCCUGUCUCACUAAAGAUAUAACAAAAAAAUGCUACGGGCCUUUCCUGUUCACCAGCGUGUACCGUUACAGGAACCUCAUCACCUGCGCCAUUGAAAAAGAUCUCGGCCCAGCUAAGGAUGAUAAUUCAGUGCACAAAGUUCGUGCUGAGGACGUGAUACUUGAAGACCCGAAGCCAACAACAAGACCACCCAAGGCAAAAGCAAAACCUGAAAAAACAACUACAACAACAAAAUUAGCGGUUUCUACUGUUACGUAG